GGUGGGGUCGGGGGCGGAGCUGGAGGGGGCUGGUUCGGCGCGGGGGCCGUUGGCUCCAGACAAAUAAACAUGGAGUCCAUCUUCCACGAGAAACAAGAAGGCUCGCUUUGUGCUCAACAUUGCUUGAAUAAUCUAUUGCAAGGAGAAUAUUUUAGCCCUGUGGAAUUAUCCUCCAUCGCACAUCAACUGGAUGAAGAAGAAAGGAUGAGAAUGGCAGAAGGAGGAGUUACUAGUGAAGAUUAUCGCACAUUUUUACAGCAGCCUUCUGGAAAUAUGGAUGACAGUGGCUUUUUUUCUAUUCAGUGGUUUAACUUGAAUUCUCUUUUGACGGGUCCAGAAUUAAUAUCAGAUACAUACCUUGCACUUUUCUUGGCUCAAUUACAACAGGAAGGUUAUUCUAUAUUUGUUGUUAAGGGUGAUCUACCAGAUUGUGAAGCUGACCAGCUUCUGCAGAUGAUAAGGGUCCAACAAAUGCACCGACCAAAACUUAUUGGAGAAGAAUUAGCACAACUAAAAGAACAAAGAGUCCUUAGAACAGACCUGGAACGGGUUUUAGAAGCAAAUGAUGGAUCAGGAAUGUUAGAUGAAGAUGAGGAGGAUUUGCAGAGGGCUCUGGCACUAAGUCGCCAGGAAAUUGACAUGGAAGAUGAAGAAGCAGAUCUCCGCAGGGCUAUUCAGCUCAGUAUGCAAGGUAGUUCCAGAAAUAUAUCUCAAGAUAUUCCCCAGACAUCAGGUACAAAUCUUACUUCAGAAGAGCUGCGGAAAAGAAGAGAAGCCUACUUUGAAAAGCAACAGCAGCAACAACAGCAGAAGCAGCAGCAGCAGCAGCAGCAGCAGCAGCAGCAGCAAGUAGAUCCACCAGGACAGGUCUCACAUCCAUGUGAAAGGCCAACCACAAGUUCAGGAGCACGUGGGAGUGAUCGAGGUGAUUCCAUGAGUGAAGAAGACAUGCUUCAGGCAGCUGUGACCAUGUCCUUAGAAACUGUUAAAAAUAAUAUGAAAACAGAAGGAAAAAAAUAAUACCUUUAAAAAAAAUCAUCUAGAUAUUCACACUUUCCAACCUUGUCCUGUGUGGUUACAGCAUAGGGUCCAUCUUGGUAAUGUGUUAAAGAGCAAUGUUCAUCAGAGGAAAUAAGACCUUUAGGUGGUUUGCAAACACAAUGAGGAGAAAGUGAAAAAAUGCAUCAGUUGAAGCACUAAAUAAUGAUCCUCCAAAGACUAGCCCAAAAGCUAGUCAGCAAUUAAAAAAUUUAAAAUGGUUUUCUAAAUGUUUCUUUUUCUCUUUGUGUGUGCAAUAUCUAACAUGUCUAAAAUUAGUAUAUUUUUCUUGACUCUUUUUAUAGACCAAACUAACUUGUUCUUGCCACUGAACUUGUUCCACGUGAUUUUGUUCUCCUUUUCUCUGUUGGGUUGUAAGUAAUUUGGCUGUCUUUCAUCAUCUGAUAAUUGCUUUUAUUUCUCAUGAACCAAAUUAACCUUUCAGGAAAAUGUGUGUCUGCCUCAAUGACGGUAUUAGUUCUGGAAGGAUAAACCUUUCUCUCACACCUAAUUGUAUUGCGCAGUGGAUGUUUUCUCCGGUUAUUUUCUUGGUUCACAAUUUUUCUGCUAGCUAGAUUUUAUUAUUUUUCUACAACUCUUUUGAAAGAUGGUUAUCUUUUUCUGAGUUUUUUAAGCUCUCUACGAUGGGAUCAUUAUUUUAUGACUUUGGUGCAUUCCUAAAUUCUGAAAUCGGCUCUACACAGUAUUUGAGAAUAAAUGAGCAUUAAAAAAAAAAAUGUGUGAGCACAUGCUUUCUCAGAUGCUUUAUGAAUGUCUUUUCAAUUAUGGCAGAACUUUUACAGCUUUGUUGUAAUCACUUUCUCCUGCGCCUUAUUUCCUUUUUCUCCAGUUGGGAACUGUCGAAAGCAUAGUGUGCAGGCACAUUUCCCUGUGUUACGAGGCUUAACAUAUGUACCCACUAUGAAUGUAUGAUAGAGAAAAAUCUGGCCUUCAAUUUUAGUAAUAGUUUAUUUUAAUUUUUCUUUUGUGAUGGAGCUCUAUGUUGUAUUUACAAUUGAAUCAUGGAAUGUAGAUGUCUGCUUCACAUUUUUUAGGUAGGUAAGCUUGCCAGAGAUGGUAAUAUGGAACAUGAAAUAGUUUACUAAUGAAAAUAUAUUUAAAUUUAUACUGUGAUUUGACAUUGCAUCAUGUUUAAAUAGCUUUAGGGUUACUGAAGUCACAGUACUUAAUGAGUCUGUAAAUAAGAAAGUUCUUAGUUUUGAUAAACAUUGGGAUGCACAGAGAGUUUCUUGCUGGAUCAAUAUAGUGGUGUGAUUUUGGUGCAGUGGCGCAAGCCUGUUAUUCUAGCAACUUGGGAGACUGAGGCAGGAGAAUCACAAGUUGAGACCAGUCUUGGUAAUUUAGCAAGAUCCUGCCUCAGAAUAAAAAAAUAAAAAGGCUGAGGAUGUGGUUCAGUGGUAGAGUGCCCCUGGGGUCAAUCCCCAGUGCCCCAAAACAAAAAGAAAACUUUACCAUGUCUCUCUUAAUGGGUGUCUGUCAUCUGCUCCCCACCCCUUUUUGAAGCCCUUUUGAAUGUUGAAUUAUUCAUAAGCUAAACUUCAAGAAGAAAUUUCAGCUGAUAACUUAGAAAAGUAAAGUAUGGCAUGUUGUACCACUGGUUUGUGGCUGCACAUAUUUUAUCAGGGAAAGCUUUUUGAGCUAGGAUUAUUGCUAACUGAAAAGAGAAGAAAAAUAUCUUUAUUUAUGAUUAUGAAAUAGCUUUUUCUUAGGACAGAUUUUUUUAAGUCAUUUUCUGAAGUUUCCUUUACACAAUAUUAGACAGUUUUAUUUUAAAAUCUGAAGUUUUAACUAUUGAAAAUGUUACAGAAUUAUAAAACUUCAGAAAUGCAAGGGAUGUUAGAGUUCAAAGACUCCCUCAAAAUGCACAAAGCUAAACAUUUUAAGACCAAUCAUUUAUGUAAUUAUCCCCCAGUGUUCUAGCCAUAUUUUCCACGGAUAUUUGGCCUUUACUUUUUCUCUUUGAAAAGUUGCAUUAAACUUUUCAGAGUGAAUUGAUAAACUACUUAAAAGUAAAAAACCAACAAAGUUUUAACUUUAUAGAGUUUAUUAAGUUUGUGCAUUACAUGCCUUAAAGCACUUACAAAAGUGUGGCAUGUCAACCUUUAUUUGUUUAUUAGGGACAUUUUAAAACAGCAGAGCACACACUGGAUGUGUUUGUUUAGUUUCUUGUGAAAUUGUCAUAUUUGUCAGGCAGAGCCAGAAUCACCAGUCAAUUGCCAUCUUAUUUGGAUUGACCUAAAUUCAUCUGAAUGAUUAGAUUUAUCUUAAUUGAUGAGCCACUGUGAAAAUAUGCCAGUGCUUAUAACAGUAGCAUCAAAAAAAAAAUUGUUAUGGAACUGCCACUUCCAGUAAACCACCUGCAAAAAAGUUAGGAGCAAGCAAAUUCAUAGUAACUGUCCUGCUAAGAGAGUUAUAAAGAUUUCCAUUCUGUUUUAUCAAUUGGGAACAUCUUAAUGUUUAAUAUUUAAACUAUUGGUAUCAUUUUUCUAAUGUAUAAUUUGUAUUACCAAGAUUAAAUAUGUAUAGUGGUGAUGCUAAUAUUUUAAGUAAAAUUUAAGCAAACUUUGGGAAAUAACACUCAUAUUUUUAGGUAUUGUGGAUUUACUAAGGGAUUAUUUGUUUUAAGUAUUCAGAGUAGCUAACCUCUGAUCCCAAACCAUCGAUAUGCUUUUUAUAGUAAAUAACAUACAAAUAUUCAGGAAUAUAAAUUGUCUGAAACGGUUGCUGCAGGUGAACUCUAAAUUCUAAGAUUUUGGCCAAAUUAUUACAAUUCACAGAAGAUUUAAGAGGUGCUUUUUUUUUUUAACUUGAUUUUCUUAAUUGAAGUUUUAUUCAUGAUGCCAAAGUUAAUGAAGAAAGCUGAGAACUAGUUGACUUUUAUUAUAAGCAAAAACUACUAGUAGUUAUGAUUCAUCUAAUAGCAAGUUGAAUAAAAUAAAGUUUAUUCCAGUCAGAGCCUAAAUCACAUUUUCAGUUCUACAUGUUUGAUAGUAUUUUUAAAUCACACUAGUGCCAAGAGUUACUAAAUUCUUAAAACUGAUCAUUGGACCUGUGCAAAUUCAAAUAUCAAUUCAGUGCAUAAUCAAAAUGUGGUCAUUUAAAAAUCUUAAGUUGGAAAAAUUUUGCUAUUUUAAGUUAUUAGGAGGAUUCCCAGCUAGGGAUGUGGCUCGAUGGUAGAGUGAUUGCCCAAGAUGUAUGAGGCCCUGGGUUAAAUCCCACUAUCUUUAAAAAAAAAAAAAAAGUUACUAGGAGGAUUUAAUAAUUAAUAUUGAGAUCGCCUAUUAAAAAUGCUAUCUGUGGAGGUCAGUAAAGCUCAGUGGUAAAGCCCUUUCCUGGAACACUCCAAGCCCUGAUGUCACUCCUUUUCCUCUCCCCCCCCAAAAAAAAAACACCUCAUUUUUAUCUUUAAUUGGAAAGGCUUCAGGCCAGUAUUUUCUAAGUGAAUUCUUUGUUGUCUCUGAGUUCUAGCAAGUAUAGAGAAUGGGAUAUAUGUGACCCUAAUUAGGAAAAAAAAAUUAUCAUUUAAGCAGUGUAAAUAAUUUUUCACUUUUUCCUAUUCAAAAUAAAACCUUUUCUUCAUUCCUAGUUCCUUUAUAACCAUCUUUUGUUAAAGAAAUGAACUGACUUUUGUGUUGUUUUUUUUUUAAAGUCUUAUUAAUAAUAAAAACUUUUGUUCUAUUCUUUCAUGAAUAAAAAGAUGAUUGGCAUGGUUAGUUUGUUCCUGAAUUUUGAUUCUUUUAAGAAUAUUUCUGCUGUUUUUAUUUUUUCCAAAAUGGUCUGGCAUUUUAAUUAUUAAUGCUAGUAAUGUAACUUCUAAAUUUAUGGUAAUUGGUAUGUUUAAUAAGUGUAUUGAUACAUUUUAAUACUGGAUUCAUAGACAAAGUGGGAAGCAGGAAGUAUUAGUGAGAUGUGUGUGAAAACUCCUGAUUUGUUUAGGCAUCUUUCAGUUGUCUCUUGCAUAGUUUAAAGUUGAAUGUUUCCUGGGAUAUUUUUAAUGUUUUUUUUGAAAGAAGAAAUCAUAACAUUUAAACGUGAUUACCUAAUUUCUACAACACUGGACUAAUAUGAAUAAGUUUUUUAAAAUUACUGUUCUGUAUAAAUAUUUGGAAUUCAAGUAUAAAAACAUGUGAAACAAAAGACAUUGUCUUUUGGCCAUGAUACAAGUGCACUAUGGCAGUGCUGUUUGCUCAGGACCCAGCUCUGCAGCCCCUCUGUGUGUGCCCCUCUCUUGUAGAGUUGUUUGCCGUUACUCCACACACAGGCCUUCCUCUGGUCCUUCCAAUCUGGGCUUCCAAAGCACUGUUGAAUGCUAAGGAUUCUAUUGUUGAUGUGGAUAUUCGAUGCGUUGUAUUUUAAAUAUCAAAGACUAUUAAAUAAAGAGAAUGUUUGCUUUUUUA